UGGACCCAAAAACCCUACUCUGCGAUUUAGUCCUCGUCAAAUCUCUCCGGCGAGACGGCCGUCGUCGUUCUCACAUUUUCCCAUUCCCUCCAGCUCUCAGUUGAAGAACCCUCGAUUCUGGGUUUUAGAAUUCUCCUGAUGUCUUGGCUUAUACAAAAUCGUAUUGGAAACACCUUUUCACGUCUUAAACCUUCGGUUUCUACCGCUCUUACCUCAACCUUCAUCAAGAAUCUCUCUACAGCUUCGGAGCAGUUACCUGAGACACUUGAUGAAUCUUCUUCACAGUCUGAGGAGAUUUGGAAUGUUAUUGUAGGUAGAGCAGGUGAUAGAGACAGUGAAGAUGAGGUUUUUAAUCGUCUAUCAAACGAUGAAGUCUGUAACAGAAUCAAUCUCUCUGAUGGUUUGGUUCAUAAGCUGCUUCAUAGGUUUAGAGAUGACUGGAGAUCUGCUCUUGGUGUUCUGAGAUGGGCUGAGUCUUGUAAAGGGCACAAACAUUCUAAUGAUUGUUACGAUACGGCGGUGGAUAUUCUCGGGAAGGCGAAGAAAUGGGAUCGGAUGAAGGAGUUUGUGGAGAGGAUGAGAGGUGAUAAACUUGUUACUUUGAACACUGUUGCUAAGAUCAUGAGGAGAUUUGCUGGUGCAGGGGAAUGGGAAGAAGCAGUGGGGAUAUUUGAUAGAUUGAGUGAGUUUGGAUUGGAGAAGAACACAGAAUCGAUGAAUCUGCUGCUCGAUACGCUUUGCAAGGAGAAAAGAGUCGAGCAGGCUCGAGUAGUUUUGUUAGAGCUUAGGUCACAUAUUACACCAAAUGCUCAUACGUUUAAUAUCUUCAUUCAUGGUUGGUGUAAGGCAAAUAGAGUCGAGGAAGCUCUUUGGACGAUCCAAGAGAUGAAAGGACAUGGGUUUCAGCCUUGUGUGAUUAGCUAUACGACGAUUAUAAGGUGUUAUUGUCAGCAGUCUGAGUUUAUUAAGGUCUAUGAGAUGUUAAGUGAAAUGGAAGCUAAUGGGUCUCCUCCGAAUUCUAUUACUUACACGACUAUUAUGGCUUCUCUUAAUGCACAGAAAGAGUUUGAGGAGGCAUUACGGGUGGCUACAAGGAUGAAAAGAUCCGGUUGUAAACCUGAUGUUCUUUUCUACAACUGUUUGAUUCACACGCUUGCUAGAGCUGGUCGGUUAGAAGAAGCUGAGCGGGUUUUCAGAGUUGAGAUGCCAGAACUUGGUGUUUCCAUGAAUACAUCUACCUAUAACUCUAUGAUCGCUAUGUACUGCCAUCACGAUGAGGAACACAAGGCGGUUGAGCUUCUCAAGGAAAUGGAAAGUUGCAAGCUUUGUGUUCCGGAUGUUCAUACGUAUCAUCCGUUGCUGAGAUCUUGUUUUAAGAGAGGAGAUGUAGUUGAGGUUGGGAAAUUAUUGAAAGAAAUGGUGACUAAACAUCACCUCAGCCUCGAUGAAUCGACUUAUACUUUUCUGAUACAGAGGUUAUGCAGAGCCAAUAUGUGUGAGUGGGCGUAUUGUCUAUUCGAAGAGAUGAUUAGCCAAGAUAUCAAGCCGAGGCACCGGACUUGUUUGCUACUCUUGGAAGAGGUCAAGAAGAAGAAUAUGCAUGAAUCCGCUGAGAGAAUCGAACACAUCAUGAAGACUGUGAAACUCACUGCCCCUGUAAAGUGAGAUUUUUACUAUGAAUGGACCUGUAAUUUCUUGCGGCUUAUGGUUAAGAGAGAGGUUACACAAUUUGUGGUACUGUUUUGAAUAGGGAGAGAUUGUAGAUUGUGAUAAUUUGUGCACUCCAGGCUUUAGAAAGAAGACAAGACCAGAUCAUGCAUAAAAAUGUUCAUUGUGUUCUUCAUUCAACCACAUUGUUGUGUAGAUUUAUUUCAAAUACAAGAAUAGCUAAUAAGGUUUGUAACUCUGGAGUUGAUUGAUUCUGACACAAUCUUGAAAGUAAAGGAGGUUGGUUAGGCAAGCUGUGUUUGUUGUCUGCUCUGACUCAAAUCUUUUUAAGGGUCUCUUACGUCUGAAGAUCCAG